AUGGAUAUUGAUGUCGGACCCGUUGAUCCAUCUGUCCUCUACGAGCAAGAUCUCCAUGUUUCUUCUUCUGUUUGGGAAGGACAGGAACGAGGGCUGCUUCGUUGCCAAGAACACACUUCACUGCUUCAUCAAUGGAAACUCACUGAUGAACAGAUUAAGCUCGUGGACAAAGCUGGUUUCGGAUUCUUCCGCAAAAUCGGUCCUAUGAGUCUAAACAAUUCGCUAAUCUCUGCGCUCGUUGAGCGAUGGAGAAGAGAAACCAACACGUUUCACCUUCCUUUAGGAGAAAUGACCAUAACCUUAGACGAAGUUGCUUUGGUUCUUGGACUUGAGGUUGAUGGAGAUCCCAUUGUUGGUUCUAAAGUAGGAGAUGAGAUUGCUAUGGAUAUGUGUGGUAGGCUUUUAGGGAAACUCCCAUCUGCUGCUAACAAAGAAGUUAAUUGCUCCAGGGUUAAGCUUAAUUGGCUUAAGAGAACGUUUUCCGAGUGUCCUGAGGACGCUUCUUUAGAUGAUAUCAAACGCCAUACUCGAGCUUAUCUUUUGUAUCUUAUAGGGAGCACCAUUUUUGCUACUACUGAUGGUGAUAAAGUCUCUGUCAAGUAUUUGCCUUUGUUUGAGGAUUUUGAUAAAGCCGGGAGAUAUGCUUGGGGAGCUGCUGCAUUGGCUUGUCUUUACCGAGCCCUUGGCAAUGCAUCGCUCAAGUCUCAGAGCAAUAUUUGCGGUUGCUUGACAUUGCUGCAGUGUUGGAGUUAUUUUCACUUGGAUAUCGGUAGACCAGAUAAAUCUGAAGCGUGUUUCCCCCUCGCUCUUUUGUGGAAAGGUAAAGGUAGCAGAUCCAAAACUGACUUAUCUGAGUACCGCAGAGAGCUUGACGAUCUCGAUCCGAGCAAGAUCACCUGGAGCCCGUUUGAUAGAUUUGAGAACUUGAUCCCUCCUCACAUUAAAGCCAAGCUGAUUCUAGGAAGAUCGAAAACAACCCUUGUAUGCUUCGAGAAGAUAGAGCUACAUUUUCCAGAUAGGUGUCUGAGGCAGUUUGGGAAACGCCAGCCAAUACCUCACAAAGUGAAACGCCGUGACAGAAAGAACCGGCGGCUCGAUGACUUGGACACAUCGAUGACUGUAGCAUGCGAGGAAUGGGCUGAACGUGGGGAGCACAUCGUGGACAGUCCUGGAGGUGGCAAUGUGGUGGAUGAUGGAGCUUAUAUGGAAUGGUAUGCUCGGAUCAGUAUCACCAAACUAUACCGAGAAGCGUUUCUCGAGUCCCAAGUCAUGAAUAUGAUUGCUUGUAUGAGGGAAUUUGAGGAAGCUGCUUCAGGGAUUACGCUGGAGAGAUUGUCUCCUGUAGAGAGGGAAGUUAUGGAGAGUGUGAAAGAUACUUUCUCUAACAAUUUGACCUUUGGAGGAUGGCAAGAGGUGACGGUUAACAGUGGUUAUGGGAAGCGCCGGCGUAGGAAUGAACAAACUCCGACGACGAAUAAUGGUGGUGGUAAUGAUCUUUCAUCGCUUCUGCUUCAGGACACAUGA